AUGGGCAAGAUCGUUGCUGCUGUGGGCUUGUCCCACGCCCCAGGAGCCAUUGGUUUCCCGGAGACAGCCAAGCCAGACGCCAGAGAGCGCACAGAGAAGGCGACUUUGGAGUUGGGAAAGACUCUUACAGAAGCGAAGCCAGAUGUCAUCUUUGCCUUCCUCGACGAUCACUUUGAGAACUUCUACCGUAACCACAUGCCCACUAUUGCCGUGUCGAUAGCCGAUCACCACGUCGGUCCCGCCGACCAGUGGAUGGAGCCGCUACACAUCAAGGAGAAGACCUACUUCCCCGGCAACCCUCAGGUUGCUGAGCACCUUAUCAAGUCCCUCGUCGAGCAGGGGUUCGAUGUUUCCCGAACUGGAUCCAUCGAGUACGGCAACAACCUGCUCAUGCCUUGGGUGCUUAUGAAGGCAGACCUUCCCAACGUCUCUAUUGUUCCUAUCUUCCUCAACGUCUUCACACCGCCGUUGAUGAAGUACAGCCGAGCCUACGCGCUAGGUGAGGCAUGCCGCGUUGCCGCUGAGAGCUUGCCCGGUGACACCCGUGUGGCUUUCAUGUGCACCGGCGGUCUCUCCCACUGGCCUCCUUACUGGAACCCUUACCAGGCUGGAGACCCGCCUGAGGAUGACUUCCUCAAGCUGAUGAAGGAGUAUCAGACCGUCGGCAAGGAGGUUCUCAAGCGUGUGCCUGAUCUGUUCGUCCAGUUCGAUGAGUACGAGAUCAUCAUGGCGGAGAAGAACGAGUAUCCCCUCAACAGCAAGCAUCCACUUGUCAACGCUGAGUGGGAUCAGAAGUUCAUGGAUCACUUCUGCGGCGGCGACAGCAAGUGGCUCAAGGAGCUCACCUAUGAGGAGGUUGAGGAGGAGGCAGGACACGGAGGUCACGAGGUUCUGAACUGGGUCGCCCUCAGCGGUGCCAUGGGCGGCAGCAAAGCCGACCUUGUUCUAUACGAACCUGUAAUUGAGUGGAUCUGCGGAAUGACUUACGUCCAGUUCCCUGUCCCGGCAUGA